UCCUUGUCUCCUCUUCGUCUGGUCUUUGUGUCGCAUACGCUCUGUGGGACUGCUAUUUACUCGACAAAGUCGAAGUCCUAGUCAGUGUUCGUGAUAGGACAUCAAACUGUCCUUGCUCUGAUCUUCCUUCGACUCUCACAAAACGUCAUGUCGACGACUGGCACAGUACGAAACGACCGAGAUGGCUUACCGUGGUUCAGCGAGUCUUUCUUCUCCAGGCAUCCUGCGAUGAAGAAGACAAGGGCGAUCUACUUCAAGAUUCUCCUCAUGGCCAGCAUGCUCAUCAUUCUCAUCAUAUUGGGCUUCUUGUCAAUAUACUGGGGAGCACUGUGGAAGACAUUCGCCGCUGUGCAUAAACUUGAGGGUUGGAUCAUAGACUUCGACGGUGGAGAAGUUGGCCAAUAUGUAUCACAGGCGCUGGCGGCCACGAGUGGUCCUCCUGAUACCAUGACAUGGACUGUCAAGUCAGCAAGCGACUUCUCAAACGACACAGAAAGUCUUAUCGAUCUGGUAGUGAAUGAGCAUACUUGGGCGCUUGUCUCCAUCAAUGCUGGAGCUUCGGAUAAACUAGAUGCUGCAGUAGCAGCUGCAGACUCUUCUUACAACGGGUCUCUGGCCGUCACGAUAUAUGUGGAGGAAGCAAGGAACGAGAACUCCUACGCAGAAAUGUUGCACCCUAUAGUUACUGGCCUCAUGGAUUCGAUCGUUCAGCAGCACACAGCGCAAUUCACACAACAAUUGGGAGGCAGUAGCAACAAUCUAAGCAACUUGCUCUCCACAGCGCCAAACGUGGUGUCAAAUCCUGCAUCUUAUACAAUCUACAACACUCGACCUUUCGAUGUUGCAGUAGCUACGGCUGUCGACUUUGUUGGAUUGAUCUACCUUCUCAUCAUAUCUUUCGUCAUCUCGUUGCAAAACUUCGGCGCUCGUGAGGCGACCGGCAUCUCACACCGACUCAACAUGACGUCGCUCAUAUUGUUACGCUUACUGGUUCCCAUUAUCAUGUACUUCUACCUCUCGGCAUUCUUCGCGUUGCUGAGUUUGGCUUUCCAAGUUCCCUUUAGCCGAGUGUUCGGAGCUUCUGGUUUCGUCAUCUAUUGGAUGCUUGCAUGGCUUGGCAUGUGUGCGCUUGGGCUAGCCGUUGAAGCCUUCAUCACGCUACUCACCGCCCGCUUCAUCGCGGUGUUCCUCAUUCUAUGGAUUAUCUCGAAUGUCUCUGUAUCGUUCUUCCCGCUGGACCUUCUACCAGGGGUUUUCAAGUACGGCUACGCUACGCCUUUCUACAACGUUUCUUGCGGUGUCCGCACUAUCAUAUUCAACACAAAGAACAGACUGGGGCUCAACUUCGGCGUCCUAAUCGCAUGGGUCGCAGUAUCCUGCAUCACGAUCACCCUCUUCACAUAUAUAAUCCAACGACGAAAUAUACGACAGCGGGAGGAGAUAUGGCGGAAGGAGGAUGCGCAGAGGGAGAAGGAGGUCGUGGAUGAAGAGGUGUACCCAACUGCAAUGUAGCUCACUUACUGACUUCACUUCUUUUUCUUCCUUCAUCGGAUCAGUUCGUACAGGACUUUGCCUAUCUCUGGAUAUGAAUGGAAUGAACACAUAAUAAUGCC